AUGCCAGUGUGGGUCCCUAAAGUGACUCUGGACCACAGUCAUCUGAAUCUGCCCUGGCGGAGUGUCACUGGGAUUGUGUCCCAGUGGUUCAAGAGGUGCCUGCCCCAGCCAAGGUUUUCCACUCUCCUGCCUGUGUCUCUCUUCUUCCUCCUCUCGUUCAGUUCUUUCUGCUAUAACUUAUCCAAUAAUUAUUAUUCAUGUCUGCUCUGUGCCAGGAUUUAUGCUGGCACAGAUGAACAAUCACAGGCAUUGUCCCUGACCUCAUCGAGACUGCAGUCCUGUGGUCACACCAGGGAUCAUGCAAUUGACUGCUGUGUGAUAAGUGCCAUGAAGGAAACAUACACACAGAGAUGUGAGUUCAUCACCAAGCCCUCCCUUCCGCAUAGCGUCAAAUGUCGCCUCUGGGCAAAUUAA